UUUUAAUUGUUAUUCUGUUGCGUUAACAGUUCAUCCAGUCUUCAGAAGAAGAAAAAAAAAGAGUCACGAAACAAUAUCCCGGAACCACUGUCCAAAUUCUAAUUUAAGCCGGACGUAUUUGAAAGACGGACAAAAUGAACGAACUACUGAAACCAAAUGCAUAAAUGAGGAUACUAUUUCAAAUGUAUUUUAUUUUUUUGUUUUAAUCGCGCGUUUGUCUUCUUAAAAACACAAUAUAAGAUACUGAAUGAUGAAACGGAACUUUUCACCCGAAACCUCUGACCGGUUUGAAUAUUUACAGGCUCUUGUCACAGAGUUUCAGGAUAGUGACAGUGAAGAGGCAAAGGAGCAGGUUUUGGCAAACCUCGCCAACUUUGCUUACGACCCAAAGAACACAGAGUAUCUGCGACAGCUGCAAGUGACCGACCUGUUUCUGGAUAUGUUGACUGAGAAGAACGAGAACUUUAUUGAGUUUGGAAUGGGUGGGCUCUGUAACCUCAGUAUGGACCCAGACUGCAGGGACCUCAUCCUGGACAGUGACGGCAUCAGCUUAAUCACAAACUGUCUGUCAAACCAGAGGGAGGAGACAGUGCUAUCAGCAAUUACUACCCUUAUGAACCUUGUGACUCCAGCUUCACAAUCUCAGCUCACAGAGCCAGGCAUCUUGCAGUGCAUGCUGCGUUUCUCUCUUGCUGAGAGUCCCCGGCUGCACAACCUAGCUGCUGUGUUCCUGCAGGACUGCUGCACCAAGGAUCAGGUCAGGCAGGCCGAGCAGCAGAUGCAGGGACAGCAGAUGGCUGUUGGGAUCCCACUACCCAAAGACUAAAGACUUUGCUUCACAGUCAAGUGGAAACAAACAGUGACCGUUUUGGUUUUAUGAUUGUUUAAUUUCUGGUGUUUUCAGCAGAUGUUGAACCGAUCUGGAGGAUUUCCUUUGAACAAAAUCCACCCUAAAGUUGGUUAUGAAGAGAGGAAAAUUAAGCUGCUUGUCCAGGUCUUGCACCUCCUCUCAUUUGCAGCUGGAGUUUGCACAGGACUCAUGUCUUCACUGGAUCAGAAUCUGAAUAUUAAGAUGGUUUUUGUAUGUUUUUAAGCACAAGUACAUUUAUAAAAGUAAUUUGAAAUUUGCUCAAAACAGGCUUCCAGCAAAAUGAGUAUAUUUGUUCUCAUGGAAAAAUGGUAAAGAUGUGUUUUACUAGACAGAAAAUAAUUCCUUUCAAAUGUUGGACACCAACUGAAAAGGUCAGAUACUCAUCAAAGGAAAAAUGAGGGAAAGUUUGUCUGUAGUCGUAUUAGAUUUAAAAAAAAAAGACAUAUAGAAACCCAAGUUAUCCUGCUUUCAUGGGAGGAAUACGUUUCUACCAACUGUCACUAAUCAGCAGAAAUACCAAACCUCAUGGAAGCCUAAGUUUGUGGCUUUCUUAGUCUGGAUAAUUCAGGUGUCUUUUAUUGAAAUAAAAAAAAUCUACAGAA